AUGACGGGGGGUCCGCCAUACAAUAUCCAGUCCCCAACCCAGCAGCAUCGGUUUGCGGUCUACUCGCCGCCGAACAAGACGGGCCCCUUCUAUCCCAACAAUGAACAAUAUCACCAGCAUUCCCCCCAGACCGCCUCGGCCUUCUCUCCGCAUCCUGCUCUCGCCAGAAGUCCUCACUUCGCUCAUCCGCCUUCGCCAUUACCUACCACACUACCACCAUUAAACGGGAGUGCUGCUCCGCCUCCGCCUCCCUCUCUGGCUCACCCGGACGCAUCCUCGCAGUUUCAGUCGCAUCCGUCUGGGGGACCGCAUCAGCUUCCUCUCCCGCGCCCCUAUUCUGCAACCGUCUUGCCUGGGAAUGGCGCGACGCCCUAUAGUCAUAGCUCUCCGUCUCACGCUCAUCCUGUUGGCAGACUAGAAGGCCACCAUCAGUCCCCCAAGAACGAGCAUGAGUCAUUUGAUAUGAGGACUAAGGGUAUCGGGUACCCUUCGCAAUUACCCAUGAUGCGCGAGGCGAGGUUGCCCUCUCCUCCGAAGGAAGCGAAACCGGCCAGGGCAACGGAUCCCAUGUCUUUCGCGAGUAUCCUUUCUGGACCAGCUGAAGAGCCUUCUCCAAAGAGGUCAUCUCCCCCGCCCCCGCCUUCCGCAUCGCUGGCUGCUCCCCUCCCUCCGCCUUCCAUUAUCAAUGAGAGGCAGGAUGAGCUUCGACACGCUCCAGCCCCUUUAUUUCCCAACUUAGAUAAGAAGCUGAAUGUGGAGAGGCGUCCCGCUCUCGACAAUGAGCCUGUGGGGGAACGGCCUUUCCACUCCGUGAAUGGUGUUUCAGAACCAGGAAACGUUACUACUCAGCCUCGAGCCAUGAAACCGCGAAAGAUGUUGACGGAGCGCGAUUUGGAAGUUAUCAACAAGAUAAUGAAUGAUAUCGACAAUGCAGAAAAGAGUGACGUUGAAGCACCCGGUUUUGAAGGAGAGCGAGAACGCUACAUUACCAAGGGCAAAAAACGUAUUCUAGACACCGCAAAGGCGGAAGACCUCAGACGUAAGCGCCGUCGACAUGAAUUUUUGAUCCGACUUGGCAAGACUUUUGAAAGGCAAGCUAGUGCCGGGGCGGAUCGGUUUAGGGCAAGGAACGAAGCAUCAGUCGUCGCUGAAGUGCAAGCGAAAGAGAUUCACGACGAAAAGGAGCGUAAGAAAGACAUGCAGCGGAAACGCCGUCGGGAGAAUACCAUGCGCCUCGAGAUGCAGAAGAAACUGGAAGCGGAACAGAAAGCGAGCACGGCCCAGGAUUCUGCCGAGAAGGCGAAGUUCUUGAAAGAAGUUGAAAGAGCCCAAAGGAAGAUUAAAACAACAAAGAGAGCUUUGGAGGGCGGAAAUACUCCAGAGGAGAUUGGCGAGGUUACACCAUUGGCCCCCAACCUUGAAGGUGGCACUACGAGCUCUUUCCACAUCGGCCGAGCCUCUCCAUCGAGGAAGAAGCCUGCCCGCGGCGGUGCAACGGCGCGUCCCAAGAAGUCAAAGGAGCAGAAGCAGGCUGAAAAGGAUGCGGCGGAAGCGGCCUACGCGGCUUUGGAGAGGGAUGAGAAUCUGUCUCUCCUACCCAGAGAGGAUCCCCGGAAGGAAUCUCUCAAGAAGGAGGGCAAGACCGCCCGCUCCAAGGAGCCCACUCCGACGCCGCUGGCUGCGUAUGAGACAAAAGGCUACAAUCAAAUCUAUGAGCAGAUCUGGCGCGACAUUGCUCGUAAGGAUAUUCCCAAGGUAUACCGUAUCAAGACUAUCUCUCUUAGCGUACGCCAAGAGAACCUGCGCAAGACUGCCCAGCUUGCCAGCAAACAGUCUCGCAAAUGGCAGGAACGCACAAACAAGAGCAUGAAGGAUACGCAAGCUCGGGCUAAGCGAACGAUGCGUGAGAUGAUGUCAUUCUGGAAACGGAAUGAGCGCGAGGAGCGAGAUAUGCGCCGCCUGGCUGAGAAACAGGAACUCGAGUCAGCUAAGAAGGCGGAGGCGGAGCGCGAAGCCAACCGCCAGAGGCGAAAACUUAACUUCCUCAUUUCUCAGACCGAAUUGUACUCUCACUUUAUCGGCCGGAAAAUCAAGACCGCAGGGACGGAUGCUGCCGGCGACACAACAGUCGACGCCACAGAGGAAACUGUUCGUCCUGGUAAGGCCCAGGAUCAUACGGUGGAUCUCCCUCCCAGCGUGGCGGAUGCGAAGGCUAAAGUCACCAACUUCGAGGAUCUCGACUUUGACGCGGAAGAUGAGACGUCUUUGCGGCAGGCGGCCAUGGCCAAUGCCCAAAUUGCCGUCCAAGAAGCCCAGGAUCGAGCUCGUGCUUUCAAUCCAGAUCAGCCCAUGGCGGCUUUCGAUGAGGGUGAGAUGAACUUCCAGAACCCAACGAGUCUGGGUGACAUUGAUAUCUCCCAGCCCGAAAUGCUCACAACGAAACUGAAGGAGUACCAAUUGAAGGGUCUAAAUUGGUUAGUCAACUUGUACGAGCAGGGUAUCAACGGUAUCUUGGCCGACGAGAUGGGCUUGGGAAAGACGAUUCAGUCCAUCUCGGUGAUGGCCUAUCUGGCCGAGUUCCACAACAUCUGGGGUCCAUUUCUUGUCAUUGCUCCCUCGUCGACGCUGCACAAUUGGCAGCAGGAGAUCACCAAGUUUGUUCCUGAUAUCAAGGUCCUCCCAUACUGGGGCUCUGCAAAGGAUCGGAAGAUUCUCCGUAAAUUCUGGGACCGCAAGCACAUCACUUAUACGAGGGAGUCUGAGUUCCAUGUGUUGGUGACAUCCUAUCAGCUUGUCGUCUUGGACGCGCAGUAUUUCCAGAAGGUGAAGUGGCAGUACAUGAUUCUAGAUGAAGCCCAGGCCAUCAAGUCGUCGCAAAGCUCUCGCUGGAAAAGCUUGUUGCAGUUUCAUUGUCGCAACCGUCUCCUGCUUACUGGUACUCCUAUUCAGAACAACAUGCAGGAGCUGUGGGCUCUUCUUCAUUUUAUCAUGCCAACUUUAUUCGAUUCUCAUGACGAAUUCAGUGAAUGGUUCUCGAAGGAUAUCGAAUCCCACGCGCAGAGUAACACCAAGUUGAAUGAAGACCAGCUCAAGCGUCUUCAUAUGAUCCUCAAACCCUUCAUGCUUCGCCGCGUCAAGAAACACGUGCAGCAGGAACUUGGAGACAAAGUUGAGAAGGAUGUCUUCUGUGAUUUGACAUAUCGCCAACGCGCAUAUUAUACGAACCUGAGGAACCGUGUGAGCAUCAUGGACCUCAUUGAGAAAGCCGCGAUUGGGGACGAAGCCGACAGCACCACUUUGAUGAAUUUGGUCAUGCAGUUCCGCAAGGUCUGCAAUCAUCCGGAUCUGUUUGAACGAGCCGAAACGAAGUCGCCCUUCUCUGUUGCCCACUUUGCAGAAACCGCAUCGUUUGUCCGUGAAGGUUACAAUGUCAAUUUAGGUUAUUCCACGCGCAACCUGAUUGAAUACCCGUUGCCGCGUCUCCUCUGCAGCUCCACCGGCCGAAUUGACGUUCCAGGUCCUGAUAAUGCACGGGCUGGUUUCCGUGGAAAAUAUCUUUCUCACAUGAUGAACAUCUGGACCCCUGAGAACAUCAAACAAAGCAUGGAAGAUAAUGGGGCAUUUUCCUUCUUACGGUUCGUGGACGUCUCUAUUGGGGAGGCAUAUGAGACUUCGCAUCUUGGUGUGUUCGAACGUGCGGUCCGUCAACGUGGUGAAACGGACAGACUGUCCCGGCUAUGCGCUGUUUAUGGCGACGAUGAAAGCGACGGAAAGCCCUUCAAUACGCUUCUUCCCCACACGAUGUUGAACAUUGUCCAGCGUAAUGACCGUCGUGCUCUGCACGAAGUUGCGACAGAGGGCUACAUGAAGGAGCUGAUGAUGGUCUCUAGCACUGUAUUUGAGCGCGAGGGUCUCAAUAUCAUUGAGCCCUGUGCCAGCCCCGCAGCCUCUGCGCCGCCUAUUUCAAUAUCCUGUUCUGGCCAGGCGGCGCAAAUGGAGAUAAGAGAUACUUUGUUUAAUGUUUCUGUCCGCAAUACCUUGUUCGGCACACCGUCGAAGGCGAUGCAAGAGCAAAUUCUCGCACAGAAGCUGGACCCAGCUCCGUAUAUGCUGCCUCCAAUGCUACCGAAACCGGUGUCUCUCAAGGGGCGUUAUACACAUAUCGAAGUGCCGUCCAUGAGACGGUUCGUUACGGAUUCAGGCAAACUCGCUAAGUUGGACGAAUUACUCCGAGAGCUCAAGGCUGGUGGUCACCGUGUCCUGCUAUACUUCCAGAUGACCCGCAUGAUUGAUCUGAUGGAGGAGUAUCUGACAUACCGGAACUAUAAGUACUGUCGCUUGGAUGGAAGCACCAAGUUGGAAGACCGUCGCGACACCGUGGCAGAUUUCCAACAGCAUCCUGAGAUCUUCGUGUUCUUGUUAUCUACCCGUGCUGGCGGUUUAGGUAUCAAUCUUACAGCAGCAGACACGGUGAUCUUCUACGACUCCGACUGGAACCCGACCAUCGACUCGCAGGCUAUGGAUCGUGCGCACCGUCUCGGUCAAACAAGACAAGUCACGGUAUACCGUCUCAUCACCCGUGGUACAAUUGAGGAACGGAUCCGGAAGCGUGCGUUGCAGAAGGAAGAAGUGCAGCGUGUCGUCAUCUCGGGCGGUGCAGCUGGCGGCGUGGACUUCAACACACGCGCUCCUGGAAGCCGAACCAAGGAUAUUGCCAUGUGGCUUGCCGAUGAUGAACAAGCUCAGAUCCUUGAGCAGAAAGAGAAAGAGGCCAUGGAUCGAGGCGAAGUGUUUGGAGCUAGCAAGGGGGGUAAGAGAGCUGCGCAGAAGCGGAAAAAGGAUCUCACUCUUGACGACAUGUACCAUGAAGGCGAAGGACACUUUGAGGAUGCUAGCGCAAAGCAAUCUGGGGCUGCGACGCCUGUGUCGACGGCUGAGAAUAUUGGUCCACUACCAGGCUCUAAGCGCGGACGAGGCCGCGGCACUGCCAAAGGUCCGUCUAAGAAAGCGAAAACUACCAAGGAACGACUGAGAAUGAUCGAUGGAGACGGUGGUUUGGGUUCUAGCUGA